CAACUUACUGGAACUCGGGUCUCUGUGAAUCGAGCUGUAACCCUCCUUGAAGCGGAGUUCUGCGCGCCGACUCGAGUUAAACAAACCACCAAACGGCACGAAGAGCUGCCCGCCUGCGUCCUUGUUAUCGACGAAUUGGACCUACUCUGCUCUAAACGACAGGACGUCCUCUACAGUCUCUUCGACUGGCCCUGUCGUCAGGUCGGUCGUCGUCUGCUCAUAGUCCUAGCCAUUGCGAACACCAUGGACCUACCGGAACGUCUUUUGCACCACCGUGUUGCUAGUCGUCUGGGUCUUAAUCGGCUGCCUUUCUCACCGUACUCACACGAGCAGCUUGCAGAAAUCGUACGCUCUCGUCUUGGACCAGCCCUCAGCUCCAGUUUUGCUGUGGCGGCCGUGUCUGGAGACGCCCGACGGGCACUCGACAUUUGUCGCCGAGCAGCAGAACUGGCCCAGCUGGAGGUCAGUAAGCGGAGUUCAGGCGGAUGCGGAACCGAUGAAGUGGUCACGAUGACGCACAUCAAUGCUGCCCUCAAGGAGAUGUUUUCCUCUCUCAAGCUGACAGCUCUGCGGUCGCUCUCACGCUACGAGAAACUCCUUCUGCGCGCCAUUGUAGCCGAGGCGAGCGCACGUUCCGCCGAGGAGGUGCGACUCGACGGAUGCAUUGAACAGGCUUAUGCACUCUGCACCCUUGAAGGUUUGCCGCGGCCUACAGACACAGAAGUGUUUGCAAUGUGCGCCUCCCUGGGUGCCUAUAAACUCAUCCUCACUGAACCAUCUCGAAAGGACACCUGCAUGCUGAUCCGACUUAACUGUUCCCAGUCAGACGUACUAUUUGCGCUAAAAAAUGAGAACAACUAG